AUGUGUAAUGACGAAAAAGACCAGAAUGAGGAAAUGGUAAAGAGGACACCACCUUUACCACCGGUGCCGGAAGGUAUGUCUAAAAAGCAAUGGAAGAAAAUAUGUAAAAGGCAAAGAUGGGAGGAGAAUAAAGCGAAAUACAAUGCAGAACGUCGUGUGAAGAAGAAGAGACUUCGCCACGAGAGAAGUGCAAAGAUUCAAGAAUACAUCAACAGAGGAGAAGAAGUUCCUCAGGAACUCGCUAGAGAACCUCGAGUUAAUGUGAAUCAAGUUGAUUCUGGGAUCGAGAUCAUCCUUGACUGUUCUUUUGAUGAACUGAUGAAUGACAAGGAAAUAGUCAGCUUGUCUAACCAGGUCACCAGAGCUUAUUCCGCUAAUAGAAGGUCGAAUCACUUUGCAGAAAUAAAAGUAGCACCAUUUGAUAAAAGACUAAAAAAAAGAUUUGAAACCACACUGAGCAAUACCAAUUAUGGAAACUGGAAUCAUUUCAAGUUCCUACCAGAUGACAAAAUUAUGUUCGGAGACCAGCAUAUAAGUAAGGACAAUAUAGUAUAUUUAACCGCCGAUACAGAGGAAAAGUUGGAGAAACUGGAACCAGGGAUGCGCUACAUUGUUGGUGGCAUUGUAGACAAGAACCGCUAUAAAGAUUUGUGCCUUAAGAAGGCCCAAAAGAUGGGCAUCCCUACUCGGAGAUUGCCCAUCGAUGAGUACAUCAAUAUUGAGGGCCGAAGAGUUCUGACUACAACGCACGUUGUACAGCUCAUGCUGAAAUACUUCGAUGACCAUGACUGGAAAAAUGCCUUUGAAAGUGUUUUGCCCCCCAGAAAGCUGGAUGCAGAAGGGGAAUCUACGACUAGCUCACCAGAUAAAAAAGACGUAUAA